AGCAAUAUUUUUUAAAUGCUCAAUGAUUUGUUGCUGCAGCAGCUCAGGGGUGGAAUCGCCGGCCAUAAGAAAGAGUGACCUAGAUCAAUCUCCGAUGACUCAUGAAUUUUACAUAAUAAUCAUAAUCAUAUGCAGAAACUGCCACUAUAGAAACUGGGAACUUUGGCGUAAGCUAAAUAUAGAUUGUUCAGAUUAACUGAUUCCAAAAUUCAGAAUUGGCGCAGAGGGAUAGAGAGGAACCAUGACACAGUUGGGGUACACGUUUGUUGGUCGUGAAUUGCAGAUGGACAAAGUUUUGAAUCGAUGGGAAAAGUUUCGCAUAUUUGGAAUCUACGGCCAACCUGCCAUCGGCAAGACCGAAUUUGCCGAGAGAGUCGUACGAGAAGUUGACAAGCGCUACAGGGAAGAGAGGUCUGUAGCAAGAUGCCUGCCGCCUGGGAAAACCAGCCACUGCGAAAUUGAUCGAACAGAUAAUGACAAAAUGGUGCCGCUUUAUGUGGCGAGGGUGGAUCUCACAGAAGUUCGCUCUCUACGUCAGAUUCAAGAACGAUUCAAUCGAGCCACGAAAUUUCCUUCAACGUUCCCUUCUGAUGACCCUUUCGACGAGGCGUUGCAGUUUAACUGGAAGUGCGACUUGGCUGCGCAUGUAAAGAACCAUUUUAAUAAGGUGUGCAAGAGAUACGUCAUCUUAAUAGAUAACUGCGAGCACGUUGUCGUUGCUGAUGAAAAUAAUUUUACUGAGUCCAAGCUUCAGAAUGACUUUACAGCUGGUGCCAAAGGGGUUACGGAUGCCGAUCCCGACUUUCUGCAUCAGGAUAGGCCACUCCAAACAUUUUUACUGAAUCUGAUUGGAGACCUAGUCAAGAAAUGCCAAAAUCUAUGGAUAUUAGUGGUAUCAAGACAUAGUUUUAACUUUGCCUCCCUAGGCAGAGUUUAUCACCCAGUCCGGUUGUCCCGAUUGACCACCGAAGAGGGAGGGUCAUUGCUUCAGGAGGUGUGCGACUCUGUCAAGUUCAGAAAUGACCAACUUGAGGAAUUAGUAGAAAAGUGUGAAGGCGUGCCCCUACACAUCAUAGCUGUAGGGACCGAGUUGAAUGGCAGUGAACAUUUGUACAAAGCAGGUGGAUUGCUAGAAGUUCUUAGGGAAGAUAGACUGCGGUCAUUAGGAGAAGAGGGUCUCACCGACGACGAGAGAGCGGAGAAAAUAGAAGCGAAGGAAUUCAGUAGGCUACCACCCAAAUUACAGAAAAAUGCGUUAUCACUGGUCAACUUACAGAAUGGUUGCAGUAAAGAAGACAUGGCAGCACGGACAGGUAUAAUAAGACUCUACGAAUACAUCUUCUUAAUGUAUAGACCCGUCUUAGAAAUAUGAAAUAACCUAAAAAAUUAAGGAUGUAUUUAUUUUUUCUGUUUUUGUGGUGAUUUUCCUAACCAUACUUACACCAUAUUUACGCUAUGACUAUUAAACGUGUUUCAACUUACGACAGUGGGAAAAUUGUCUUGAGUAGCACAGAAAGCAAGGUUUAUUGUGCAUUAAUAUUGCUUUCAAUACAUUAA